UCGAAACUAUCCAGAAGAUAGGUAUUCGUUGACUACAUCGUUUCAGUUGAUCUUAAAGUGAGAAAACAUCAAGAUGAACUGCAUUUUGUUGCAUUUCGUUGCAAUUGUGGCGUUCGUCAGUUGCGGAAUCCAUGGACAAGAUCAGGAAUUAUCCACUGGGCCGACUCAACUCAGCUGCUACAUUUGCGAUAGUGAUGAUCCUGGAUGCGAAGAUACUUUCAGCCCGAACAACAUUGAAAUCACAGAUUGUUCGACUUUGGAUUACGAUAGUGGAAACGAUGUGUCGAGGAGCGCCGUCUCCAAGAAGCCUGCCUACAGCAAUUCCGUGCUGAAGAGCGUCUUCAAUAACGAGAAGAAGACUAGAACUCUGAACGAAUUCUACAACUGCAUCAAAGUCAAGUGGACCAACAGCGAUGGGUCUAUAACCUUAGACAGGACCUGUGUGAAGUUGAAUUCUUCCAUCAAGGAUGCUUGCGAGUUUAUCAAGGCUGAGAUUAACGACGAUUCAUUGAAAAUGAAGAGCUGCAAUGUUUGCAAAACGGAUAAAUGCAAUGCUGCAACCAAUUUGAAUUCAUCCGUUCUUGUCUCUAUUAUCAUUGGAUUCUUUGUUAUGAAGUUUUCGUCUUAAAGCGGAGAAAGUCUUAAUUUAUAUCUUGUUUUGUUUUUUAUUUCAAUUUACAAUGUACGUAAUAAAGUUACAUAUUUAAUCUUAA